AUGGUUAACUUUUGUCGCAUCAAAGUAAAAACAAUAUCUUGUGGAAUUCCUAAAGCUCCAGUAAAUGGUGGGAUAUUAACUACAGAUUACUUAGUUGGCACCCGUGUUACUUACUUUUGCAAUGAUGGGUACAGACUAUCUUCCAAGGAACUUACUACUGCAGCCUGCCAGCCAGAUGGUACCUGGAGCAAUCACAAUAAAACACCUCGUUGUGUAGUUGUUACAUGUCCAAGCAUCAAUUCUUUUACACUGGAGCAUGGAAGAUGGAAAAUAGUGAAUGGCUCACAUUAUGAGUAUAAAACAAAAGUAGUUUUCAGCUGCGAUCCAGGGUAUUAUGGCUUGGGACCAGCAUCUAUUGAGUGUCUUGCUAAUGGCACCUGGAGCUGGAGAAAUGAGCGACCUUACUGCCAAAUUAUUUCUUGUGGAGAACUUCCUACACCUCCAAACGGAAAUAAGAUUGGAACUCAAAUCACAUAUGGAUCUACAGCUAUAUUUACUUGUGACUCAGGAUACAUGCUUGUUGGCUCUGCUGUGAGGGAGUGUCUGUCCUCUGGACUCUGGAGUGGAAUUGAGACCAGAUGUUUAGCUGGUCACUGUGGAAUUCCAGAUCUUAUAGUCAAUGGUCAAGUUAUUGGAGAAAAUUAUGGGUAUAGAGACACAGUUGUAUACCAAUGCAGUCCUGGUUUUCGGUUGAUUGGUUCUUCUGUACGAAUUUGUCAGCAGGAUCACAACUGGUCUGGUCAGCUUCCAUCUUGUGUGCGACCAAAUAUUCAUAGCCCAUUGCUGAUUUCUCUCAGUGGGGACUAUUCCUCGUCUCUCAAUAUAACCAGCAAUGGGCAUGAGGUAUUUCUCCGAUGGUCAGCUGAUCAUGGCACCAAUAAGAGAGGUUUCCGGAUAAGGUACAUAGCUCUCUACUGUAGCACUCCAGAGUCUCCUCCACAUGGUUUCAUUGUCAGUCAGACAGGUGGACAGCUCAACAGUAUGGUUCGCUGGGCCUGUGAUCGAGGUUUUCGGCUCAUUGGGAAAAGUACUGCUGUUUGCAGGAAGUCUCCAUAUGGUUAUUAUUCAUGGGAUGUUCCAGUUCCAGCUUGCCAAGCCUAUCAGCUUCGAGUCUGCCAGCCUCCAACAAACAUACCAAAUGCUGAAAUUCUAGCUGAAGAUGAUGAGUUUGAAAUAGGAGACAUAAUAAGGUACCAGUGUCAACCAGGCUUUACAUUGGUUGGUAAUGAGAUUCUGACAUGCCGACUGGGUGAAAGGCUUCAGAUGGAUGGAGCACCACCUACUUGUCAAGUGCUAUGUCCAGCCAAUGAAAUGCGUCUGGAUUCAACAGGGGUAAUACUGAGCCCUGGGUAUCCUGACAGUUACCCAAAUCUUCAGAUGUGUGCAUGGACCAUUACUGUGGAAAAGGGUUACAAUAUCAGCAUGUACUUCGAAUUCUUCCAGACAGAAAAAGAAUUUGAUAUACUUGAGGUGUUUGAUGGUAACUAUAAAAUAUGUGAUUUUGGGUGAUACUUUUUCCUAUAUGAUGUAUUCUUAC